GCGCGGAGGCGGCGCCGCAGCCCCAGCCGGGCCGGACGCGGGAGGGCCAGGGCCAGGGUGAGCGUCCGACUCCGAGCUGUCCCCGCUCCCGGCGCGGCGCUCCGCUCUCAGCCACCUCACGGCUGCCAGGAGUGCGCGGGAGUUUGCCCCGGAGCGCGGGGAAGUUUCCUCCGAAGCUGCGCUCCUGGAACAGCAGCACCUGCAAGCGCCGGGCAGCGGCCCGCGAGGUUACUUUAUGGAAUUGGGCCCUUAGAGAACAAGAAAAGACUGAAGUUUUACAGGAAAACAAAUCAUGUGGUCUUCAGAUUCUGAAAUAAGGAGAAAUGCAGCCAUCUGAAAUGGUCAUGAACCCCAAACAAGUCUUCCUCUCUGUGCUGAUAUUUGGAAUAGCUGGGCUACUCCUCUUCAUGUAUUUGCAAGUCUGGAUUGAAGAACAACAUACAGGGAGAGUGGAGAAGAGAAGAGAACAAAAAGUAACUUCAGGAUGGGGACCAGUGAAGUACUUGCGGCCUGUACCCAGAAUCAUGAGUACAGAAAAAAUCCAGGAACAUAUCACCAACCAGAACCCCAAGUUUCACAUGCCUGAGGAUGUACGAGAAAAAAAGGAAAAUCCUCUACUCAAUUCUGAGAGAUCUACUAGGCUCUUAACAAAGACCAGUCAUUCACAAGGAGGGGAUCAAGCUUUAAGUAAGUCCACAGGGUCACCAACAGAGAAGUUGAUUGAAAAACGUCAAGGAGCUAAGACUGUUUUUAACAAGUUCAGCAACAUGAAUUGGCCAGUGGACAUUCACCCUUUAAACAAAAGUUUAGUCAAAGAUAAUAAAUGGAAGAAAACUGAUGAGACCCAAGAGAAACGAAGGUCUUUCCUUCAGGAGUUUUGCAAGAAAUACAGUGGGGUGAGUCAUCAUCAGUCACAUCUUUUUCAUACAGUAUCCAGAAUCUAUGUAGAAGAUAAACACAAAAUCUUAUAUUGUGAGGUACCUAAGGCUGGCUGUUCCAAUUGGAAAAGAAUUCUGAUGGUACUAAAUGGAUUGGCUUCCUCUGCAUACAACAUCUCCCACAAUGCUGUCCACUACGGGAAGCAUUUGAAGAAGCUAGAUAGCUUUGACCUAAAAGGGAUAUAUACCCGCUUAAAUACUUAUACCAAAGCUGUGUUUGUUCGUGAUCCCAUGGAAAGAUUAGUAUCAGCCUUUAGGGACAAAUUUGAACACCCCAAUAGUUAUUACCAUCCAGUAUUCGGAAAGGCAAUUAUCAAGAAAUAUCGACCAAAUGCCUGUGAAGAAGCAUUAAUUAAUGGAUCUGGAGUCAAGUUCAAAGAGUUUAUCCACUACUUGCUGGAUUCCCACCGUCCGGUAGGAAUGGACAUUCACUGGGAAAAGGUCAGCAAACUCUGCUAUCCGUGUUUGAUCAACUAUGAUUUUGUAGGGAAAUUUGAAACUUUGGAAGAAGAUGCCAAUUACUUUUUACAGAUGAUCGGUGCUCCAAAGGAGCUGAAAUUUCCCAACUUUAAGGAUAGGCACUCUUCCGAUGAAAGAACCAAUGCUCAAGUCGUGAGACAGUAUUUAAAGGAUCUGACUAGAACUGAGAGACAAUUAAUCUAUGACUUUUAUUACUUGGACUAUUUAAUGUUUAAUUAUACAACUCCAUUUUUGUAGUUUGCAUUCAUUUUCUAAAACUCUGUAUAUACUUAAUGAUGAUAAGUUCAAAUCAGCUGUAAUUUUUCUAUAAUUCUCUAUAUGACAGAAAUUUAACUAAGUGCAGUUGUCUUGAUUUAAUGUAGAUUUUUACCAAAUAGUAUGACACCAAUUGGCACAAAGUUAUAGGAAAAUCACCUACAGGAGAUGUAAACAACUUGAGUUGCUCUAAAAUGUUUGGAAAAGAGCUGCUUUUGCAUUAUGAAUUAUAUUGUUGAAGCAAUAACCUAGCCAGCUGUUGCAUUAGCUAAAGCAGCCUCUUGCAAUGGUAGGAAAAAAGGAUCUCAAAUAGCAUGAGUGUAUGUCUAUAUCCUGGAAUUUAUUGUCUAAAAUGCAUGAAUAUAUUUUCAGCAGUCUGUGGCAUAUUAAUCAAACUGUUGAAUUGUUUUCUUACACCCUGGAAAUCUUUCUAUCAACUAUAAUGAUAAAUCCAUUUGGAAGUGAUAUUUUGGACUUAGGCAUUUUACUUUAGAUUGGAAGGCAUUAUGUGAUUUACAAUAUGAGAAUAUAGCGGAAAAACCAGAUGAGGCUGUGGCUUUUUAUAUUCAACAGCCAAUAAAAAAUGCACAACAUGCUAAGAUCAAAGCAACAAAAGCAACCUUCUUCUUCCAGAAAAACUUAAGGGAAUUGAUUCUGUUUUCUUUUGAGCCUUCCACAAAGAGACAAAAUGAACACAAGCACUAAAGGUCUACAUUUCUGAAGCAGGCAGUUGAGAAGCUUAAGUCUCAUCAGAUAUAAAUGUGCUCCUAAUUCUGGUUUAAUUGAGCAGGGGGGGAAUUGUUUCAGGAUGGAAUAAUCAUCAAAAACAAAAGUUGCCAUUCUGAAUAUGGAACUCAAACAAUAACAAAGUUUUAUAAGUGUAUUAUUUGAAUCAAAGCAUCAUGUGCAUAGCUUUAUAUGUGGAAUACACCCUAAGAAUAGCUUUUGUUUUCAGUUUAAUUAUUCAGCUUAGGAAUGACUUUUUAAAAACUAAUAUACCACUUCAAAGAUAGGUUAUGUUCUAGAGAAUAAACAUAA